AGAGAGGGCUCAUCUCCAGCAUCUAGCACCACAGAGCAGGGCCUGUGUGGAGAGUGGCUGAGAGACCCGAAUGGGUUCUAGAAGUAGUCUCCUUUGUGGCUGGGAAUGUGAGCCCAGCCGAUGCCGUGAGCGUUGGUGCAGGGGAGCGAGUCCGUGCUUGACACACGUGUUUCCCAUUGAUAGCUGGAGACAGCCCAGUAGCUCCGAGUUGGCCUGACAAAGCCGUAUUGAAGCACAGACAGAGUACAGUUUCAAAGCAGUCAGAAAAAGAACGGGAAUGCUGUUCAGGAAAUUCUUCAGGCAUGGGCAGGGACUUGGCUGCAGUUCUGCAGUUGGAAAAUCUGACUGGGGCAGCUUCUGAACACAGGCUGGGCCUGCUCACACUCAGCAGGCCGGCCGGCCGCCUCCUUCAGAGCCUCUCCGCACACUCCCAGACGGAGGGCGAUUUUCACCAGCUGCCUUGUGAAGCAGAGAAGAGAGAGAUAUUUCUGCGGGGGGUGUUGAGUGAAGGCACCAGCUGGAGAUGAUGCCUCAGGAACAGUACACACACCACCGGAGCACCAUGCCCAGCUCCGAGGGGCCACAGGUGUACAAAGUGGGGAUUUAUGGCUGGCGGAAGCGAUGCCUGUAUUUCUUUGUCCUGCUCCUGAUGAUUUUAAUACUGGUGAACUUGGCCAUGACCAUCUGGAUCCUCAAAGUCAUGAACUUCACAAUCGAUGGAAUGGGAAACUUGAGAAUCACAGAAAAAGGUCUAAAGCUAGAAGGCGACUCAGAAUUUUUGCAACCUCUCUACGCCAAAGAAAUCCAGUCCCGACCGGGUAAUGCCCUGUAUUUCAAAUCAGCCAGAAAUGUGACAGUGAACAUUCUCAAUGACCAGACUAAAGUGUUAACUCAGCUGAUAACAGGUCCAAAAGCUGUUGAAGCUUAUGGCCAAAAGUUUGAAGUAAAGACAGUUUCUGGAAAAUUGCUCUUCUCUGCGGAUAACAAUGAAGUCGUAGUAGGAGCCGAGAGAUUACGAGUUUUAGGAGCAGAGGGCACAGUGUUCCCUAAAUCUAUAGAGACACCUAAUGUCAGGGCAGACCCCUUCAAGGAACUAAGGUUGGAGUCCCCAACCCGAUCUCUGGUGAUGGAGGCCCCAAAAGGAGUAGAGAUAAAUGCAGAAGCCGGCAAUUUGGAAGCCACCUGCAGAACAGAGCUGAGACUGGAGUCCAAAGACGGAGAGGUAGGGGGCGAGAAGGACAUGAGUCCAAAGAGAUACAGCUCCAACUGGCCCACCUUUCCCCAAACUGCGCUGUUACUCCCUUUGCCGCUGACGCUGGUCCUACACUGUACCCACAAAAGGUGCCACUCUGAAGGUUUCAUUUCUGGAACAAAUACAUUGAACAAGAUGACAAUCAGCCAAACCCACAAUCCAUAAAAGUUAUUACUCAUCAUUUGUAAGAUGCUGAGAUAAUAGCAUGUAUUCCACGUACAGAAUUAUGCAUGUGGGUAUAAAAAUGAAUGCUAUUUCCGAAUUCUGUCUCUUGUCACCUUAGAAUAAGAUUCAGGUAGCUGGCAUAAUUAAGCUGCAUGUCACACACAUCU